ACCCAUCCAUGCAUGCAUAUGCGUUUAAUUUCUCCACGCAGGUACGACUUAAUUCCCUCUCUACAUAAUAAGUAGAUAACCUCACGCAUAGCACUGCUAACACUUGACCGAGAAAGACAAACUACCACAUUAAACACAACACCUUAAGAUCAUCGAAGUGUCCAAGGAAUUAGCAAUUAAUAGCUAGGCCUAUCAUCCAUGGAGGGCUUGCAGAUGCAAAUUGAGCACAAGCCGGCCAAGAUCACGGUGAAUGCAAGCUCCUCUUCCUCAUCGCCGUCGUCACUAAGGAUCUUCGGCUACGAGCUCGAGGCGGCGGCGGCGGUGGCCACCAACAACAACGGCAACGAGGACGUGGCGGAGACCCAAGGGCGCGGCAGCAGCAGCAGAAGGUUCGAGUGCCAGUAUUGCUGCCGCGAGUUCGGCAACUCGCAGGCGCUGGGCGGCCACCAGAACGCGCACAAGAAGGAACGGCAGCAGCUCAAGCUCCAGCUCCAGCUCCAGCGCCGGCAGGAAAUGCCGGGGAACGCCGUGAUUGCUUUGGGGUCGCCAGCAGCGGCCUAUGACAACCCCGCUGCCGUCCACAGAUGGGUUUAUCUCGCGCGCCAGCAGCCAGCAACCUUCUUCCAUGCCCAGCGGCAGCCCAUAAACCACGCCCGCGCCGGCGCCGGCGCCGGGGGUGGUGUAUUUUUGUGCACUCCGGGGGAUGAUGAUGGCGCCGAGGACGAGAUGGGGCUGGACCUUCGGCUUAGGCUUGCCCCGGCCAGUUCGUCGUGAACCCACUUCGCCAAUGGACGAAGUUCAUGUACGGGAUGUGGUGUCCAUUGCCCACCUCUUUUUUUUUUCUUGAUGAUUUCUUUGAAUUAACCAUGUAAUGAGUUGCAUCUCCCAAAUUAAAGCCGGGUUUUCGUCUUUCCUUCGCGUGAGGAUCGGAUAUGUUCAUUCCGUCCAUGUUGAAGAAAUGACUCAAGGAUGUACAUCUGAUUUAUCAUA